AUGGCGCUAGACGUAGAGGAUCGUACCGAAGACUUAAAAAACAACAACAGAAGAGAGAAACCAGCAGUGCAAUUUGUGGAUCCUACAAAACGAUGUAAUUACUGCGGACGAGAAGGAAAGAAGCAAGAGGCGGAAACGAAAAAGAAGACGAACAAUGGGUUCUAUCUCGGUAUUAUCCUGGGCCACAAUAUUGACCUAACGAUGAGCAGCACUGAACGUUUCUACUUCAAAAAAGACUACGAGACUUUCAAAUUGCGAUUCACCUUGCUCAACCUAUUCCCGUUGGCUAUUGCAUAUUUCUUCCCUUCAAGGUACGUUACUGUUUGA